AUGGCAAAAAUACUUGGGACCCUCCCUUCGAAGUACAACGCGUUCAUCUCGGCCUGGGACAGCGUCAGUGCAGCGGAACAGACACUCCUUUUGCUACGAGAAAGACUGAUUCGAGAGGAAGCCUGGAUGACAUCCACAGAUGAAAUAAGCAGCGCCCUGGCUGCAACCACCAUCUCCACAGAAGGUAAACGAGGCCGCCAUCAUCGCCGCAACGGUGAAGAACCGCAUAAAAAGAAGAUCGUGUGCUGUUUCUGUAGUAAAACCGGUCACCUUGCCAAAUAUUGCUUCGCUAAAAAGAAGGCAUUAAAAACGCGAGACAAUAAUAAAACGAACGGGUCUAAAUGCGACGAUUCAGCUAAUUUCGCCGCGUUCAUUGCUUGUCAAGCCACGAAUGGCUCGAAUACCGAAAAUCCCUCUCAUACAGCCGAUCCGAAUCUGGCCGCUUUCCUCAAACUUGACGAAAAACACAUUGGGCUUCUCGAUAGUGGCGCUUCGAGGCACCUCUGUUGUCGAAGGGAAUGGUUUACCGAAUUCACGCCGUAUAAUAACGAACAUGUUUGUCUCGGUGACAACACUAAUUUAAAAGUGGAUGGCCGCGGAAAAAUAUUCAUUUCUCGAUUGAUAAAUAAUCAAUGGCACGAUGGUGAAAUCAAUUUUAUAUAUUCCGUACUUAGAAAAGAACCUCUUCUCGACUGGCGUAUGCAUGUCAAUCGAUUUAUCAAUCGUCUUAAAGGAUAA